AUGGCAGUGAACAUACCUGGAGUUAUAGUCAUUGUGCUCUUCUAUCUGCUGGUUCUGGGGACUGGGAUCUGGGCAUCUUUCAAGUCCAAAAGAGAGCAGAAGAAAAGUGGAGCCAAAGAGAUGGAGAUGACCGUCCUGGGAAACCGGAGCAUCAGUCUGGUCUUGGGCGUCUUCACAAUGACAGCUUCUUGGGUCGGAGGAGGCUACAUUUUGGCCACAGCAGAAAUGGCCUACAACCCUUCAAUGGGACUCAUCUAUACUUUUACCAUGAUCAUGUCCUACUUCAUGACUUUUAUCCUAUGUGGUUUGGUAUUUGCAAAGCCAUUAAGGGAAGGCAAAUGUGUCACCAUGUUGGACCAUUUCAAACUGAAGUAUGGGAAAGCCCUGACCGCUCCUCUGUCUUUGGCUUCAAUGUCUCUUGAUCUGAUGUGUGUCUGUCUCACAUUCAUUUGCUUAGGUUCAACUUUGAGCAUUGUUUUGGAUUUAUCCUAUGAGUUAUGCAUCUGGGUGUCUGCUGCUGUGGCGGUCACCUAUACUGUGCUGGGCGGCCUCUACUCUGUGGCCUACACAGAUGUCAUACAGCUCAUCCUGGUGUUUGUCUCUAUGUGGAUUUGUGUUCCCUUUGUUUUGAUCAGUCCUGCCACUUUGGACAUCAGCCAGACUCUCCUGAACAACACCCUACAUGCUCCAUGGAUCGGAAAUAUAGAUCCCAAAAAGGCAGGGAUUAUCCUGGAUGACUUUUUAUUAUUGGGUCUGGGGUCUCUGGGAUACCAGAGUUUACAUCAGAGGACGAUGGCUGCCAUUUCCACCCGUACGGCUAAGAUCACCUCCUGUUUUGCCGCAGUCCUCUACGUUACAUUUGGGAUUCCCCCAAUGCUGCUCGGGGCAGCUGCUGCCUCCACAGACUGGAACCAGACGUCUUAUGGCUCUCCAUCUCCAUAUGAACGGGGAGAAGCUGCUCGAGUCCUGCCCAUCUCUCUGCAGCACCUCACCCCGUCCUACAUCUCCAUUAUUGGGAUCGGCUGUGUGGCUGCUGCCGUCAUGUCCUCUGCAGACUCUUUGAUGCUUGCUUCAGCCUCUGUCUUCACAGCGAACAUUUAUAAGUCCAUAAUAAGACCUAGGGCAUCGGACAGGGAGAUCCAGAUUGUGAUCCGUGUCUCUGUGGUGGGAGUAGGCAUAAUAGGGACAUUACUCACCAGUUUCAAAAACAGCAUCCUUUUGUUUUGGUUUCUUAGUGCUGAAAUUGCCUACAACAUAAUCUUCCCUCAGUUAGUCUGUAUCCUCUUCUUUAAUAUCACAAAUGGUUAUGGAGCUAUAAUGGGCUUUGUCGUGGGAAUACCUUUAAGGCUUCUGUGUGGAGAGCCAUCCAUAAGCCUGCCUGUCACACUACAUUUCCCAGGAUGCAUUCUGGAGGACGGCGUCUACGUACAGUACUCUCCAGUUAAAACCAUCUGUAUGCUGUGUGCCCUGGCGGCCAUCUUGUUCUUCUCCUACCUGGCUUCUGUGCUUUUCAGCAGAGGCCUGCUUCCUGAGAGAUGGAACAUAUUUCAAAUAAAACUACAUAACAUCCCUCCUCCACCUGCUCCACUAGAGGGAACUCAAGAGCACAACACAAAUCUGAAUAAGGGGAAGGAUUUUGAAAUGGAAGUUGCUGAGCCAAUGUUAAAAAUGUCAAGCAGUUGA